UAGAAAGUUGUCUAUGAUUGUUAUUUCACUUUGGUUCCGAUGUCGAAAUAACAGUGAAAGUCAUUAGAAACAAUAAAAAAUUCACGAAAAUGAAUAAAUUAAAAUCGUCACAGAGAGACAAAGUUAAAAAGUUCGUCGCUUUUACGCAGACAAGUGAGAGCACGGCGAUAUACUGUUUGUCUCAAAAUGACUGGAAACUGGACCUGGCGAGCGACAACUACUUUCAGAAUCCAGAGGCUUACUACAAGGACCCCGUCAAGGCGUCUGUGGACAGAAAAAAGCUCGACCAACUGUUUACAAAGUACAAAGACCAGCAGGAGAACGACAAGAUCACUGUUGAUGGUGUUAUGAAGUUUUUAGAAGAUCUUAAUUUAAGUCCUGAGUCAAUUUUAGUUCUUAUAAUAGCAUGGAAGUGUAAAGCAGCAGUGCAGUGUGAGUUUACGAAGGAUGAGUUCACGACUGGUCUCAUAGAGCUUGGAGUGGAUAGCAUAGACAAAUUAAAAGGGAAACUACCAACACUGGAGACAGAAAUAAAGGAUCAAAACAAAUUCAAAGACUUUUAUCAUUUUACAUUCAAUUAUGCAAAGAAUCCGGGACAGAAAGGUCUAGAACUGGACAUGGCGAUAGCCUAUUGGAAUAUUGUGCUCCGUGGGAGAUUUAAGUUCCUAGAUGCUUGGUGUAAAUUUCUCACGGAGCACCAUAAAAGAUCCAUACCAAAAGACACAUGGAAUCUACUGCUAGACUUCGCGACACAGAUCGACGAUGGCAUGAGCAACUAUGACGCGGAGGGCGCGUGGCCGGUGCUCAUUGAUGACUUCGUGGAGUGGUGCCAGAAGCAGGGUCUGACCGCGGACGCGGUUAAAACGGAGCCGGCGUCUGGCUAGCUGAGCUCGCACAGGCGAGAGACGGCACGCGAGCUCGUUGACGAGGCCCCCUUGGCCCGAUCCAAGAUGGCCGCCUGCUGCGCAUAUGCCGCGCUGCUGCUCUCCCGCUUCGUGCUCUACGGUCUCGAGCUGUGUACAGUCGAGUGGCUCGCUAUCCUAAUAGUUUUCGAGUUGUGUAGCUGACUAAAUCGUGACGUGACAAGAGUGGACGCUGCUGGGAAUUUCAUUUGGCACCGUGAAUCUGGAACUCUAGUCGGCGAGGUUCAUUCGGACAAGGUGUUCGAGUUUCAAUAGUUUAUAGUAAUGGUUAUGAUCGAGAGUGUUUACUCAGUGCUGUAAAAUGUAGAAUGUUUCUUGCCAAUUGAAAUUUCCAUGUGUAAGUUAUUCUUCACUCAACUGUAUAUAGCUCUCGUACUAUUCGUCCGUUAGGUAAAUUCUUGUUGACCUGUCUUAACAAAUUAAAUGAAUAGGAGUUUUUUUGUUCAAUAAUUGAAAGUUAUUUAUAAUAAGAAUUUUUCAAAAAUUAUCUCUGAAUUUCUCAACUUGGUUUUCUUACGUUAUAGAAUAGUAUGCCGUUUAAAAUUUAAGAUGUAAAUAUGUAUAUACACAUUAAUGAUAUUACAUUUUUUUUUAAUUAUAACAAGCUUAGAUUUUUCUGUUUUAGUUUUUUUAGCUUCCCAAUUUCGACAAGAUUGUAAUGCUGAUAUAUUGAUUUCAAUAAUUAUAAUAAUAAAAUUAACUCAUAUAUUUGCUCAUUUAUUUGAUGUUGGAAUUGUCACGUUGUGUUAUAUGCCUAAAGUGAUUUUGUUUAUUUAAUUAGUUUCGGGUUGAGUGCAAUUUUGACACGAAUAAAUGUGCAAUAAGGUUCAAUUUUCUGUCACUGUUUCAAUUCUGGAAUGUUGUAUGUUAAUCUUGAAGUAACAAUUAAAUCGUAAUUCAUUGGAAGAAUGUUUAUGCAUUGUAUAGAGAUGAAAGAUAGAUUCCAAGUCACAUAGAAGGUAAUUAAAAUCUAGUUCACUUUUAAAUAUAAUAUAGAGUUGUGCACAUCACACAGGAGUAUCCUCUUAGGAAUACCUCAAAGGAAUUGACAAUUUACUAAGUAAUUUGACAUAAAUACAUGUAAAAGAAGUGAAUAGAAGUAACUGACAAUGGUGUUACACCAUAUUUGUAAGCGACUAAUAUUUUGUCGUUGUUGGAAAACGCAACCACUGAAGAGCCAUUAAAAUGAUAAGACAAAGGAGGUUUGAGUACAUAAUAUUUAUCAUCUAAUAUUGUACCUAUAUACCUACCUACUUGAAAAGGAGGACGUAUAUUCUAGAAUCGACAAUACGGUCUUAUUAACAUCGUAGAGAGUUUACCAAUUAUAUUUGGAAAUGGUCAAACUAAAUGCAGUUGUGCGUUCAUGGCACUAGUGGCGUAAUUUCUUUUAUUGAGACUA